AUGGAAGGCGGUGAUUGCGAAGAAAAGACAGAUGUGGACUUACUGAAUGUGUCCUGUAAAUCGCCGUAUCUGGAACAGCUUAGCUGGUUAAGACAAUCAGUUAGACAUAUGAAGUUAAAUGAGCUAGAGCAGUUGAAAGUGUCUUUGUUGAACUCAUGUAAAUUUGCCAGUAUUGAACUUGAGAGAGAUAUAAGAUCUUUUUCCUUAAAAACACACAGUACGCUCGAUGAAACUUUGCAUCAAGGAACUGAUGCGCUGGAAGCUUUGAAAAAAAUCGCGUUGGAGAUUCUUGGUACGGAAAAAGCUGAACGCUUUUUUGACCAGCCAGACUGGGUUCCUUCAAUUUUAGCUGAAUUGGAGAAACUUUUGCAAGGUAAGGAGGAACAAGCUGUGGAGCUUCGGCAAGCUCUUGACGAGAAGAGGGCAGCAUUUAACAUGCUUGAGGAACGUUUGGAAGAGUACGAAGAAAAGUUGAAAAAUGCGAACAUCGAACCUUCCAGUAAUGCAUACGUUACUGAACUCGAAGAGAUGUUGAGCUCCAGGCAGGCAACACUGAAAGAGCAAAUUGAGAAGAACCAAGAGCUUCAACAGAAAUUAGAAGCGCUGGAGAAAUUUGAAUUGGAUUUAUCGGCUGUGGAUUCUUCUGGAACUGUUCCCGGAAAUAUCGUUGAACUGGGAGAUAUUCAUCUAGAAAAUAUUUGUGGGACAUUCUCAUUUUCGCAUCUUUUAGAGUGUUCUUUAUGA